CAUUUGUGGCGCGUUUGCUGUAUUCAUGUAGCUGCUUCACCUCUUUCCUUGGGUCAAAGGGGAGGUAAACAUAGAUUUAGCCACGUUUGAUUGUUAAAAAAAAGGACGUACUGCAGUUUAGGGUCGUAUUCUUUCUUUUAGAAGUAGCAGAUAUUUCGCUGCGUAGAUUAGCGCUUAAUCAAAGCUGUUUAGUAUUAUUAUUAUUAAGCAGAGGAGCUGAGUUAACAGCCACAUCGCCUGGACUACAGCGCAGCGAAAAUUCAAGGAGCUGUCAGAGCCGCCCUGACCCUGUGUUGCCAUGGCGAUGCGGGAGCUGGUAGAGGCAGAAUGUGGGGGGGCCAAUCCCCUCAUGAAAUUGACCGGUCACAUGACCCAAGAAGGCGGAGCUUGGAGACAUAGAUCAACGCCCACUAUUCCCCCCACGCCGAUUGAAAUAGCCACCGAGGAAGAGCUGGUGAAUGAGUUUCUACAGGCGCCCCCACGCCCUCCUCACAGUUUCGACAUGGGCCAGCUUUUGGAAGAAAUGCAGCAAAUUGACCAGCAGAACUACAGACAGGCCCCACAAAGAGCUCCAGACGUAGCGGCAUUGGCACUAUCGGGUGACUGGACAGCAGAGUUCCUGUCUGGCGCUGACUCCGCAGCCUCUCCGGCCCAGGCAGGUUUUGAUGCAGCAGACGCUGACUGGACCAGAGAAUUCAUUAACGAAGUGGCAGACCCUGGUCGAUGGGCUGAAGAGUAUUUGGAGCAGUCAGAGGAGAAGCUAUGGUUGGGAGAUUUGGGAGAGAAGGAGCAAGAGAGAGAAUGGACAAAAGAGUACCAACCAGGGGAGGAGCUGAAGCAAACGGCUAAUGAACUUCUUGCAAAGGUCGAUGACCCCAAGCUGCAAAACACAGAGUUCCUGCGGUUUGUUAGGCAGAUUGGCGAGGGCAGUGUGACUGUGGAGGACAGAGCAGGAAAGCAGCUCGCUGAUAAAGCACAGGCCAGAGAGGCACAGAACUGGGCGUCCAGCUUCACGCAGGUGUCAGAAGAGUCUGCCGAGUCUUGGGUAGAUGAGUUUGCUGCGUCGGGCCCGGAUUUUCAGCAGGCUAAAGCUGCCGUGGAGAGUGAUAUCGAUUUCUGGGAGAAGCUGCAGGAGGAGUGGGAGGAGAUGGCUAAGAGAGACGCUGAGGCUCAUCCGUGGCUGUCUGACUUUGACCAGCUGCUCAGCACUUCAUAUGACAAGGGCUAUCAGUUUGAAGAAGAGAAUCCUUACCUGUCCCACGAGGACCCGUUAGCAGAGGGAGUGAAGAGGAUGGAAGCUGGGGACAUCCCUGGAGCCGUGCGCCUGUUCGAGAGUGCAGUGCAGAGAGAACCAGACAACCAGCUGGCUUGGCAGUACCUGGGAACAUGCCAAGCAGAGAACGAGCAAGAGUUUGCAGCCAUCAGCGCCCUCCGCAGGUGUAUUGAGCUGAAGAAAGACAAUUUGACAGCUCUCAUGGCUCUGGCGGUCAGCUUCACCAAUGAAUCACUGCACCGGCAGGCCUGCGAGACGCUUCGCGAUUGGCUGAGACACAACCCAAAGUACCGGCAUAUUCUCGAGCAGAUGGACAGGGAGAAGGAGCGGGAAGGAGUUCUAGAGAGAGAGAAGGAGAGGGAGAGAUUUGGAUCACUGCUGCCAGAGGCUCUGUUUAACGAGGUGCAGUCGUUGUUUCUGAGCGCGGCGGCUGCUGAUCCUACGCGGGUCGACCCUCAGCUGCAGUGUGGUCUCGGAGUUCUCUUCAACCUGAGCGGAGAGUAUGACAAAGCUGUGGACUGUUUUACUGCUGCCUUGUCUGUUACUCCACAGGAUUAUUUGUUGUGGAAUAAGUUAGGCGCUACUCUAGCUAACGGAAAUCGCUCUGAGGAGGCUGUUGCUGCCUAUAGAAGGGCGCUUGAGCUGCAACCUGGGUUCGUACGCAGCCGUUACAAUCUGGGCAUUAGCUGUGUUAAUCUGGGAGCUCACAGGGAAGCUGUGGAGCAUUUCCUGGAGGCGCUCUCUCUUCAAAGGCAGGCUGCUGGUGACUUGGAAGGAGGUGCAAGUCGGGCACCAGGUUCAGCCACCACCAUAAUGUCAGACAACAUCUGGUCCACCCUGCGCAUGGCACUAAGCAUGAUGGGAGAGAGUUCGUUGUACACUGCCGCCGACCGGCGAGAUCUGGACACGCUGCUGGCGCACUUCUGCCAGAGGGACGGAGAGACAGACUGAAGGAGGGAGAGGGGAAAGGAGUGGAGGGUGAUAGCAUGCGAGUGUGGGGAGAGGUGUUUCGGAAGUACGGAAGAGUAGUUUAAGGAAGAGAGUCGUUAGAGAUGGACAACAAGAACAAAGAGGAAGGAAAGAAUCAAACUAGUGUGAAACACUCAGCACAGUUAAUGCACUAGUGAUGAUGCACUACAUGCUCUGAACAGAUAGAUAGACUAGUGAUAAUGCGUGGAUACUUUUGAGAAAUGAGUGUGACAUUGAAAACGAUGCAUCGUUGUUACAUAAUUCAAAGCUCCACAGAACUGAAUGCAAGGUUCUUGUGCACAUUGUGUUUCUUCCCAUUUUGUUAAUCAUUGAUAUGGUAUGUCUUGGCUACAUUCCAUCUACUUGAGGACAAUUACUUCACUAAAAGGAGAUUUGCCUCUAUUUCGAGGUACUGAUCAUGUAUAUGACUUCGGGAGGAACAAAGACUAAAGAAUGUGGUUUGUGUGAGCUUUUAUGAACCACUAAAAUAACCAAGAUUUAUAAGAUACAUUGUUGAGAUGGUAGGUCGUGUCAGCAAGAAAAUAAUGAAAAAAGGAUGAGACACCUGAGGAUGCAUGCCCGCCCUUGCUCCUUUGCUUGUUAUCUAAUUUGAUAAAUAAUCCUGCUGUAAAUGAAUUAGCUUAAUUGUAAAUGCUGCCAUCUUGUGUACCAUAAUUGUAUUAAUAUUAUUAUGAUGCCAGUUUUUAAUAUAGCCAACCGACUGUACGAUUAUAUAUGUAACCCAAGCAAUAAAACUUUGAAAUAAUGA